AUGCUGCGCGACCGAGCCCAUGAAACACCAUUAGGUAUGCUGCGCGCCCGAGCCUAUAAAACACCAUUAGGUAUGCUGCAAGACCGAUCCUAUAAAACACCAUUAGGUAUGCUGCAAGACCGAUCCUAUAAAACACCAUUAGGUAUGCUGCAAGACCGAUCCUAUAAAACACCAUUAGGUAUGCUGCAAGACCGAUCCUAUAAAACACCAUUAGGUAUGCUGCAAGACCGAGCCUAUAAAACACCAUUAGGUAUGCUGCGCGACCGAGCCUAUGAAACACCAUUAGGUAUGCUGCGCGACCGAGCCAAUGAAAUACCAACAGGUAUGCUGCGCGACCGAGCCUAUAAAACACCAUUAUGUAUGCUGCGCGACCGAGCCUAUAAAACACCAUUAGGUAUGCUGCAAGACCGAUCCUAUAAAACACCAUUAGGUAUGCUGCAAGACCGAGCCUAUGAAACACUAUUAGGUAUGCUGCAAGACCGAGCCUAUGAAACACUAUUAGGUAUGCUGCAAGAAUGA